CGUCCGGGGGCAGCGGGCAGCGGGCAGCGAGCCGCGGGCCGGGAGAGAGUGAAGUGGUGAGAGUGGGACGAGGCUGGCAGCAGAGCGCAAGCGCGAGCGAGCGAGCGAGAGGUGGAGGAGGACGAGGAGCAGCGGCAGCAGCAGGAGCUCGAGAAUUGAAGCGCAGAGCGAGGGAGGGAGGGAGGCAAGAAGGCAAGAACGGAGCAAGAGUGGAGGAGGCAGAGGAGGAGGAGGAGGAGAGUGGAAGAGGGAGGAGGAGGAGGGGCGGUCGCCAUUCGGAGCAAGGGAAGGGAGGAAUCAGCUUUCCACUUGGCGGCAUGAAAUAAGGGAGGGGAGGGGAGAAUGAUCAGACAUCGGGGAGGAGUAGGGAGGGGCCGGAGAAGCGUCUGAUCGAUCGGCGGCCUGGAGCGAUUCGAUUCGGGUGGGCCUGGUGGCCGUAGCUGGAAGGGGAAUUUCCUCCCACGAACUGCGAAUCGUGCGGCGCUUUGAGGGCCCGUCUGGCUUGUUGUUUGCCUGUUGUGCUUGCGUCGGCUCUGGCGCAAACUUGUCGAGAGGGAACUGCGGGCAGAUAUUUGCGCUUUCUCUCGCAUGCUGGCUUCGGCCUCCAGAGCUUUGAUCUUUUCAUAUGCCAUUUAUUCGAGUCCCCGCUGAUGAAUAUUAAGAGAGUGUUGGAAGCGUAAAGGAGGAGCGGAAUUUUGGUUCAGCAGGAGGAGGGGAAUUUUAUGACAAGUUCUCCCCGGUUUCUGGAUCCGAGUCGUGAGCUGUAUACGACGAUCCUUGGAACGUUUACAAUACAGAGGAUUGCACGAAGUUGGCGUGUCGAGAAAUCACCACAAACCCUCUCAUAUACUGGUGGGGUUGUGGAGUCGAUGGGCUCUCUGUAGUCCCUGAUCUAAAUUAAAUCUGUCCCGAAGGAUCGAUCCGAUUUUAUACACAACAACAAGUGGGAGACCUCGGGGCUCGCACCAGGGGAGUUGAGAAGUCGAUGUGCGCAUCCCCAAAGCAGGAUUCAUGCUGUCCAUUGGGUCACUGAGAGGUGGAGCGGGAGCCAACAGUGGUAUAGCAGAAAUCCCCACGUCAAAUCCCGAUGCGCCGGUCUUCCAGGAAUGCGGUUAUUUCGAUGUGGAUCAAGUUGGGAAGAUUGCCCAGCUCCUCCUGGUGUCCUUGGGAACUGCCUGUGUUGAGAAGACGGCUGGCGAUCCUUUCAAUCAUCCCGGCGCUGUCGUAGCAGAUGUGAAGAAAGAGAUGCUGGAGUAUUUGAAUGUUCAAAGCGAAGCUUUUGCCACGGGGACUAGCGCCAUUGUACUCCAGAUUUCAGGUGAAAUUCCAAGUCCACUGCAAGUUGUAGAGGAUAUUCUGGAGGCGUUUGUUCGUUCGAAAAAGAAUCUCUUCAGCCGAGUUUCGAGCAAACUUCUCUACAGCGAUAAGAAGGAUGACAAGAUCGAGGACUUCGUCCAGGAGCUCGACCGCACUGGCGCGUGGAUGAUCGGUCGGCGAGAGGUCUUGGCUAGAGCCUUACUCAAGAGGGUCGAUAGAUGUAAAAUGUUUCACUGUGAGAUGAAGUUCGACACAUCAGAACAAUUAGCUGAGCAUAAGGGGAAGUGCGCCCUGCGGCCUGUGACUUGUGAGAAUGAGGGAUGUGGAGCUGUGUUUUCAGCCUUCAAUGCCAAACCGCAUGAUGGUAACUGUCCUUUUAAACAGCUACCGUGUGAACAAGGGUGCAAAGUCAUGGUGAAGCGCGGGGAUAUGGAUAAGCAUUGUGUUACACUUUGCCCCAUGAAGCUAGUCAAUUGCCCUUUUGCUCAGGCUGGCUGUACAAACUCUCUUCCACAAGGGGUGGCAGAGCAACAUUGUGUAGACAAUUUGGGCCACCAUCUUCUGCUUGUUUUCCAGACCAUGCAAAAGCAAGGAGUCUCUAUUGGAAAUCAGGGGCAACGGAUUAAUCUUCUUGAAAAGGCCAUGCAAAUUAGUCAACGCACAGAAGCAGUGGAUAUAGGUACAGUGCUGCUUUCAUCACGUGAGCAAGAGAUCAGGUUGAAAACCAUGGAACAAGAAGUUUUGAAGCUUCGUCAAGAUCAGAAAGCGACCGAUGUAUCAGCAGAGGUACUUCAAAUUCGGCGAGAAUUGCGAAGUCUGCAGAAGAGCAUCGAAACCGUCACUGCUCAAAGUGCACCACAACAACAAUAGAUUAACCUCAUAAGCUCACGUUUCAUGUAUUAUCAUACUACUGUGAUUGGUUUCAAAUCUCUCACAAGCACGGCUUCCGCUACAUCUAAAAGCGGUUGGUAGGUUUACAACCAAACUUUUGAUCGCUCUGUGAAGCAAGGACCCGCCAUCAGGAGUGUGACCAAUCGGCUUAUAUCUGAACACCUCCCUCCUGGAAGAAAAGCUGGAAGACCCUCAUCCCAGUUAUGCCCAUGAGAUGCCAACCGCAUUCGUUCUAGAACUAUCAAUGCUGGUCAUCCAUUGGGCUUCUUCACGCCAAUAUCCAGAAUUUGCGGCCCUUGUUAGAGGGAGUGUUUACGUGACAGGCAUCUUGAACACUUACCCCCAGCUGGGCAAGGUUCAUGUAGUGGUUUCCUUCGGCGAGGUACUAAAAGUUGGCAGUCGACAUUUUUUUUGUGAUUGGGUUUCGAAUGGCAUCAUUUAGCUAAUGUCUAUGCAUGCCCUGUCCGGUUCUGAUCACAAUAAUCCGCAAUAAAGUUAUAAUGGUCCACUAAGCUCACCAUCGUGAGAUUUUUCAUGGAACUAUAGCAUGAAUGGUCUUGCCUCUUUACAUGUCAAAGAGCAAGAUAUGUAAAUAUUCGUGUGAUCAAGAACGGGUCUUGCAAUAGAUGAUGUGUACAGUUAUUCACCUAGGUGGGUGUCAUUCGGUCGGCUUCAUUAUAGUGGUUUCUAGCUUAGAGUAUAUGAGGAUGGUGCGAAUCUGCGGUGGCUGUGGCUGGUCCCUUUUAGCUGAUUCUUUUGAGGGUUGGAUACGUGUUUCACUUAAACCGCCACUUAAGAUGGCCCUGGAGCUCUAUAUUUAUGGCCGAGGGAUUCUUUCAGGUCUAAGCGGCCUGUAAUCGAAGGUUCUGCCGGUUAGAACUGUGACUCUGAGCCGUUUCCCAAAGGGACUUUCUCCGAACCCUGCGCAACAUUUCUCUGUACCGGAGAUGUGUACUUAUGAGGCGAUCCUUCAAGCCAGCAUCCAUGCUUCUAAGCGUCCUCUUGGUAUUUUCCUGGUUUCCUUUCUAUGCCUAGUUUGUACUAGCUUCUUCUAAAAUGAGCGAACAGAGCGGUGAGACGUAUAGGGCUAAGAGUGUUAUGUACCACGAACUAUUAUCAAUACAGGGGAAACACUUCAGACAGAUCAUAAUAUAGGUUUAGUCUUUAUUGAAACAAAAAGUUUUCGUAGAGCUGUACGCAAGUAGAACUCCGUUCGGGUGAAUACUCUCUGAACGUCUGGAUGAGCUGUGCUUUUCCCUCAAUUCGUGCUCUACGUGAAGAAAUAUGAGUUGACAUUGUCGUUCUAUCUCGUACGUUGGAACUUCCAUGCCAAGACGCCUAUGUCUAAUCGUGGAGGGUAAGCUCCUGCAGCAGUGAUAUGGAAUCGGGAACAGUUAUUCAUAGAAGGCUGUGAUAUGGAAUCGGGAACAAUCAUUGACAUGACACCAAUCUCUUCCAUUGUAUUUCGCAAAAUAUAUGUUUCAUCUAUAUGGAAUAAACGC